UGAAAACAAAUGGAUAGUAAUUCUUACAAAACCCAAUCAGUAACCGAAAUUAGAAGUGAAGGAGUAAAAGGAAAAUUAAAAAAAAUUCCAAAGCAGGGGCUGGCGGAAGGUGAUAAAUAAACACUCACUUAAAUCCAAUCGGCCAGUUUGAUGCAAAUGUUUCUUUUGGUCACGACGACUGCCAGCCCCUGCAUGGGCCGGUCUCAGACCCAAAUCUGAAGAGUUUAGACCCUCUCACCAUGCAGACGGACAGAAGCAGAAAACAAGUUCCACAAGUGCCUGAGAGUGAAGAGAUGUCUUCAUCCACUUCCCCCGAGCCAGAACCCUCCUCGCCCCAAAGGGAAAAACAGCAUCAUCAGGAAGAUCGUAUACCAAGGACCAUGAAUAAUUAUAAGAAACUAAUAACAUUUUCUGACAAUAACUUACUUUUUGAUCAUGUACUGAAAUGUUAUUCCGCUAUAGAAGAAGGAUUCAGUAUUUAUGCGCCCAUGCCAUCAUUCUUAAAUCCCCAUCUUAUGGAACAGGAUAAUCAAUAUUCAUUUGGUGCUAUAGAAAUUAAAAGUGGUGAAAAUCAGUUGUUGGAUGUGAAAUAUCGAAGAUCUGCCACUACACACACAGAGAGAGUCUCAUGCACAAAUAUAGAUGAGACUUUGCAGAGAUGUCGAACUGAAGUUAAAAACAUGUAUAUGUUCACCCUUUAUAGUCCAUGUUUGAUGAGAGGACAUAAGAUAGAUAAGAAAGAUAAAGAUAAAGAGCCCUGUAUGUUACAUCUUUUAGAGAAAGCCUAUCAAUGGUACAGUGAAUUUGGCAUUAAGACUAGAGUGUUUUUCAAAAAGCCUUGGGGACUAAGUGGACCAGAUAUCUUUAAAGGUCUCCUGUAUUCUGACGUCUCAAGAACCAGCAGUGCUUUUCAUCCAUAUGUUGACUUGUGCAAGGAACAUCGCUUUAAACUGGACAACAAAUUCAGACAAGAUAAUAAGGCUAUAUUCCGUCUUAUCGGAAAGGUUAACAGAAAAGAAACACUCAAGAAACGUAUUAAAUCUACUCUCCGUAAACUUCAGGAAAAGGCAAAGGAAGGGCUGAAAAAAUGUCAGCAUUUGAAGCGUGGUUUGAGAUACAUUGACUCACUCAAAUUUCCCAAAAAGGUCCAUAAACAAAUCAUUAAAACUUUUAAAAAUAAUUGGAAAACAUUGGUUAACCAUAGUUCAAUGUCUCUCAUUAUAGAAAAAAUAACAUCAGAUUUCAACAAUGCAGAAGUCAAACUCUUUGUCCGAGAUCUUAGGUUGGAUCUGGGUGACAGCGGCUACUUCCAGAUUAACCAGGUCCCGCCGGGCGCUGAGGUGGAGGAGGGAGAUUAUGUUCAAGUGAUGAAUACUUCAUUUUGAUCACAAUUUAUUAUGUGACACAAAAUGUAUUUUUAUUGUCAUUACUAUAUUUUGAAAUAUGUAAAAAAAAAUAUAUUUGAAUUUAACAAAACAUUGACCUUAACCUUUUGUAGUUAAACAAAGGUUUUGGGGCUUUUUUGAAACACUCAAUGGCAUUCAGACUGUGAUGAAUUAUUACUAUUGGUACAGGUUUUGGAGGGAUGCUUUUUUUAAAUUUGAUAAUAUAAUAACGUUGGGUUCCAAUUGUAAUUAGUGCUCUAAUUAUUUUUGAACUCAAGUGUUUGUCUGGAUGUUUGUUGUCUGCAUCUGUCCUGAGCUCUUAAAUAAAAUAAAUAAUAAAAACUCACAUUGAAA